AAGGAGCUGAGCACAGCUAAGCAGAAGAAUAAAAAUGGCUUCUUGGACGAAGUUCGCUCGCUCCUUUUCCAGAAAAUAUUCGGUCGCUCCUAAAUUUGAUGGUAGUCAUGGCGGUGCAGAGCAAUUUGAUGCACAAUUGUUGUGGAAGAGGCUCUCAUAUUUCGUAGGCUUUCCAGCGAUAGGUUUGGCUAUGGUUAAUUGCUAUUUGAGUCAUCAGGCACAUCAUGAUGAUGAACGUCCAGAAUUUGUUGCAUACGAACAUUUAAGGAUAAGAACCAAGAAAUACCCAUGGGGAGAUGGUAAUCACAGCCUUUUUCAUAAUUCUAAAAUGAACCCUCUACCCGAAGGUUACGAAGAAUAAGAAGUGAUUCUUCUAGAUGGUAAUAAUUAUACUUCACAUUAGCAUUCUUUAUAACAUAUAUUAUAAGAUAUAUGUAUUAUAUUGGCUUAUGAACAAUUGAGUCAAUAAAUGAUAGAGAUAUGACAUUUA